CGAUUCAAUGGAUCAGUUCGAUACAGCAUAUCGAUUUAAAAAAAUCUAUCUUUUAGACCUAAAAAUCGAAUCUCCUCUCUCUAUUCAUACAAUGGAUAAAAAAAAAGUUUAAAGUACAGAUUUCAGAUUUACCAUUACCACAUUUUACUCUUACAUGGGUUAUGGGUAAGAGACAAGAGUACACUUGAAAAUUUAAAAAUAUUCACAACGGUCAUGGACUAAUUACGAUACUAUAGUUUUUGUUUAAAUAUUAUAAGUAUUAAUAUUGGAUUUUAUAAUAUCUCCUUUAAACCUUAACGAAUAACCUAUCAUCUCUAUUCUAUUUGGCAAAGAUGUUAUUGAAACAAUAUGUAAAAUUUAUAUGUUUGCGUCAAUCAAGAUGGAUUACAUGCCUCAAAAACAAUUCUAUCGGGCAGUUAGACUAUUUAAAGUCUAUUGUUGAUAGUGACAAAAUAGAUUGGUCUCAAGUGAAAAGUCAUAUACUGAAAAUACGUGGUAAUUAUAAUGAGAAAAGUGUGGAUGCAUUCAUGUUGAAGUUCAUGGUAAAUCACCAAAAGUUUGAUGCAGCCAUUACAUUUGCUGAGUACAUAAAAGCAGAAAAUAAAGUAUUAUCUAUUGGUGCUAUAAAUGCCCUACUUCAUCUUUACUCUGCUUAUGGAGCUAAGUUCCCACUACCAGAUAACGAUAAGAAGUUCAUAUUAGAUAUUUAUAAUCAUUUGUAUGAUAAAUAUGAAGCUCUGGAUUAUACGACAAGUGAGAACUUGCUCCAUGCACUAUGUGUUAUAGAUGAGUGGAAGAAAGCUACAAAAGUUAUAGAAGAUAUAAAACUUAGUGGAACACCAUCACAUUCUGCCUACAGUACACUAAUAAGUACAAUAUUUAGAUGUAAUAAAAAAGUAGAUGCACUUAAGUUAAUUGAUGAAAGUGUGAAUAACAAAAGGCCACUUUUAGAUAAAGCAUAUGAUGAAUGGAUAAAAUAUGUUUUUAGGAAAUAUAAGGAUAAAAAAACAAUUAUAAAGUAUUUGGAUGAGAUAUGUACUCACAUUGCUGACAGCUGUUCCCCGGUUACUGAAGUCACAAUAAAUAAAAUUAAGGAAUCCUAUACAUUAUUAGAAUGGAAUGCAAAAUAUACUGAAAUUUUAAGGAAGAAUGGUGAAUGCAUGAAUUGUCAUCAACUCCUAAGCAGACUAAAACUUUCAAAUGAAGAAUUUGAAUCACUCCAACAUAAUGUAAAAGAAAAAUUGAUAGUUGGGUCUGAUUUAUUCUUGAAAUCAACACCUGACGAACUGGAAACGUUUUUAAAGUUUGUAGAAAAAACUGCCCCUUAUGAUGUUGUAUUGGAUGCAUUGAACAUAGCCUAUGUUGCGAAAACAACAUUUAAGGACAAAUUGUAUUUGUUAUCAUAUGCAGUUGAUUACUUUGCAGAAAGAGAACUGAAAAUUUUGGUUUUGGGUAGGAAACAUAUGUUGAAAUGGGGACAGCAGUCAUGGCGAUCUAUAUCCAAAAAAUCAUUUACAUUCUUUACCGACAACCUAACUCAGGAUGAUCCUUACUUCAUAACUGCAGCAAUAUUAAGUGGUUCUCACACAGAUUUCGUAUCACGUGAUUUAUUGAGAGGCCAUCGUUUUGUAUUGAAACAAGAUAAAUUAAGAAAUAUAUUUCAACGAUGGCAAUGGCAACAUCAGUGGAAAUUGUUUAGCACAAGAAGAGGACUGAAAAUCCAGUCGCCGCUUAAGUUUACACCUUGCGCUCAAAAGAAUAAUGGUGUAUGGCACAUACCGUAUGAGGCUGCGAAUGCGUCUGCUGAAGGUAAAGUCAACGAUGGAGUGCCGGAUUGUGCUACAUGGUUGUGUAUGCAACCUAAUUCUAAAUUAAAAUCAUAAUUGAA